CGAUUUUGUUUCAGUUCUGGGAUUGUUUUGGCCAUUUUAGGUUAAAAAUUAUAUAGGUUUGGGUAUUUUUUCAGUUUUGGGAUCAAGAGAAAUAACCACUUCGGUUUUGGGAUAGGCAUUGGGCACUUUAGGUUUGGGAUUGGAUUUGAAUCGGGAUUUAAUCAGUUCCGGUUUCAGGAUCGUUUUGGACCCACAGCUCUAGAAAGAAGUGGUCCCAGUGGUCCCCCCCAAUUGAUUCCCCCCCCAUAUAUUUAAUGCUUUUACUGUUGAAAAGAAAACAUCUAAAGAGAAGUACUUGAUUGUAUAAAAUUUCUAAAUUACCUAAUUCAAUGAAUUUUUUUCUUUUUAAACCUCUUGUUACCUACAUACUGGUGCACGGAGAGUCGGAGAGGAUCGAUUUCAUUGUUAGGAUGAUUUUGAAGGCGACAUGAAAUGCAUGCUGAAUGCUUAGUUGCAAAUUGUUAUGUUUCUUCAGAGAUAGGUAUAGUUCGCAUUUGUAAGUCUGGAUGGAGGUUUUUGUUUCUGCUGUACCACAGCUCAUUGGUGAUUCGACAAAGGUAUUUGUUCUGCAUCCUCUGAAUUAUUUCUACAUGUACCUAUGUAUUUGAUAGUUUUGCAGUACCCCAUAGUUGGCAACCAUAGGUAUGUCCAAAUAGGUUUGAUAAUGGUUUUGUAAAGUAGAAGUUUAGUAGGUACUUAUAAUUUACCUUUACCUGCAAAGAGCCAGCUCAUCUUUUCAAGUUUAAGUUUCAUUUCAUCUCACUUUUUUCAAUAUCUAUUUGUUCUCCAUGUUAAUGUCUUGUCGAGGUGAAUUCCCAAAUAUUUCACAGAGUUCUUUCAUGGUAUCAUCAUGUUGUUGAUGCUUGAUGGCGACUGGUAAGUUGCAGAUUUUUCGAGUGGUGAAGGUUACGUGUGCAGAUUUGGAUUCAUUAAUUUUGAUAUGCCAUUUUGCCAUUUACUUAGCCAUCUUUGUAAAAGGUUAUCCAGAGGGGAGGAGGGAAUGAAAAAUCACUGAAAUUCCUUCCUAACUUGAAAUUUUAAUUUUCCCAACAAAUCAUUUUCCCCCUUUGGUGAAAUUAUUGAGCAUCGUUUGUAAGCCUUGUGAAAACAGAUUUUCAGCCAGACUUGAAAAAGUAGAGUAAAAUUAUUCUUAUACCUACAUAUUUUUUUUUUGAAAAUGGAAAAUAUCAAAAUUCAAAAUUUUGAAAAAAUGAUCGAAUUCGGUCCACACUCGGUAUGUAGGUAGUAGGGGGACCCUAGAAGAGGGUCCGCAAUUUUUUGGGUCCCAAAAUUCAAAUUGGGGGUUCAAACCCCCCUCCCCCCGAGGUACGAAGAGCCCCAAUAUUGGGGAGGGGGAAAUCUGCACCUCUCAUGGGGUCGUCUGGAAGCAGUGUGCCAAGUUUCAAAAUGUUCGAUUUUUUUUUAUUGUCAUUAUGUCACAUUGCAUUUCACAAAUGAGCACAAUCUGCCUUCUGCCAGAAGCUAUUUUUGUAAAAUCCGGCUCAACGAUGAAAAGCCAUAUUUACCUUACCUUUUUUUUAUUUUUUCCGGAUGCUGUUUGCAAUUCUACUUCGGACAAUACACAAUGAUAAAACAUCUCAUCGGGUCAAAUUCCUGUUUACCAAGAUUAUCUAGCAUUUAUCAAUUUUAAAGAAAGAGGAGCAUGUUACGCUUUAAUGAAGUUAUCCGAUAAGCAAAAGAGACAAGGGGUUGUAACAGCAUCACUCGGAAACCACUCCCAAGCACUAUCAUAUCACGCCAAAAUACAAGGUAUUCCGGCAACGGUGGUAAUGCCUUCGGCGGCACCUUUGGUCAAAGUAGAAGCUUGCAAGAGAUUUGGUGCCACUGCCAUAAUCUAUGGAGAAACGAUGUCCGAAGCCAAAGAAUACGCUCAUCAGUAUUGCAAAGAACACGAUUUGACGUACAUUAAUGGAUACGAUGAUCCUUAUAUUAUUGCUGGUCAAGGGACGAUAGCCUUAGAAAUAUUCGAAGACAUGCCCGAUAUCGAAGGCAUAGUUGUACCAAUAGGAGGCGGAGGUCUAAUAGCAGGAAUAGCCCUAGCUGCCAAAACUCUCAAUAAAAAUAUAAAAAUAAUCGGUGUUGAAUCCGACAGAUGUCCCAGUUUUUCAUCAGCUCUCAAGGCCGGAAAACCAGUCAAGGUGGAGAACAAGAACUCCAUUGCUGAUGGUCUCGCUGUAGCUGAAGUUGGAGCGAAUGCGUUCAACAUCGCAGCUCCUUUAAUUGAUAAAAUGAUCGUAGUAAAAGAAGAAUGGAUAUCACUUACAAUACUACGUCUGAUAGAACUGGAAAAAUGUGUUGUCGAAGGAGCCGGAGCUGCAGGUUUAGCUGCAAUUCUAUGCGGCGGAUUAAAAGAAUUUGAAGGAAAAAAAUUAGCAGUCGUUCUUUGUGGUGGCAACAUUGAUUCAAAUAUAUUGGGUAGAUGUAUAGAACGUAGUUUAGCCGCAGAUGGACGUUUACUAAAAUUCUCCGUUUCAAUCAGCGAUCGUCCUGGAGGAGUUUCAGAUAUUUGUGGUCUUUUAGCCAAAAUAGGCGUUUCCAUUAAAGAUAUAGUUCACGAAAGAGCUUGGUUAACUUCCGAAGUAUUCCAAGUAAAAGUCAUAAUCACAUGUGAAACGAGAGACGAACAUCACGUUAAAGAAGUUAAAGAGACCCUAGUUAAACACUAUACUAAUGUAGCUUUCGAUGACCUUCCCAUGUUGAGAUUAUAAAUUGAACAAAACAUUAAGCUUUCGUCUAUAGUGACAGAUCUGAGCAAAAAAGGCAUACACGGCAGAACACCUCAGAGAAGCCCUUUUCGAGAAUUGUGAUUUGUAUCACUAUCCCCCUGCUUUCAACUGAAAAGUGGAUUCUAUAAGAUGAUUCCGAAUCCAUCAUUUAAGUAAUUGUUAUCACCCCAAAUGACCAUUUCCUCGAAUAAAUUCUUCUGGAGCGUA